AUGACAACCACCGAUCAUAGUCAGAUGAUGAAGCAAUGGCAGUUCACCAAAUCUGGAAGUCCUCGAGAUGUUUUAACAAUGGUUGAGGUACCCAUCCCAACUACGUGCGCCGAUGAUGAAGUACUUGUUCAAAUCAGUCAUGUUUCAUUGAAUUCGGCUUUCGCGCAUCGGCUUAUAGCAUAUUAUGGCGUCUUCGAUCCGGUAGGUGCAUUUAUGGGCAGACCUGGCGUGCCCGAAAAGGACUUUAGUGGAAUCAUCUGUGAUUUACGAGGCGCAAAUGUAACAGAGUUUAAUAUAGGUGAUCGAGUAUUUGGAAUCGGUCCUACGAGCUUUCGAGAGAUUGCGCAAGGGGUACUAUGUGAGUAUGCACUUGUAAAGCGUGAUCAUAUCGUCAAGGUACCUGAUAAUAUCUCACUCAAGGAUGCUGCAUGCUUUCCAAUUACAGGCUUUACCGCAUACUGUUUUUUAGUUGAAAAGGCUAAGUUGAAGAAAGGAGACAAAGUGUUCAUCAAUGGUGGAUCAGGAGCUGUUGGUGUAAUGGCAGUUCAACUAGCGCGAACAAUUGUCGGACCUACAGGUCUAGUAGUAGCAACAUGCUCUCCAAUGAAAAACGAUAUCGUUCGCAAUCUAGGCGCAGACGAAAUCAUAGAUUAUACGUCACAUGUUUUGCCGGAUUUUCUUCGAGAGCACUACGGUUCCCGUCCAUUUGACGUGAUUUUUGAUACUGUAGGUAGUGAUCAUGCACUCUACUCCAAUUCACCCAAUUAUUUGACACCCUCGGGUUCUACAGUAUGGUUGGUUACAAAGAGAAUCUUACAAUUGUUAAGCGCGAUGGUUGUACCUGUCUACCUUGGAGGUGUACCUCGUAGACAUAUAUUCGAGUCUCUCACACCUACAUCUUCGCGAAUGGUUGCUAUGGCGAAGUUAGUUGAAGAAGGAAGCAUGAAAGCUGUCAUUGAUUCUACAUACAAAUUUACAGACGUACUCGAUGCCUAUGAUAGGAUGAUGUCUCGUAAAGUAACAGGAAAAGUGGUUAUUGAGGUCAAUGAUCUUGAUAGAGUAAAUUAAUUUUUUUCUAAAUAAAAUUUAAUCCUUAUGUUUACUUCAUGAAUUGUCUUUUGCUUUGCAAUAACACACAAUUAUUCUUACGCCCGUGUUAAGAGUAUGUACAUGAAUAUUAUAUUCAUUUUUCAUUCAUAUCCAAGCUCUCAAGAACAAUUAAGUAUUCCACAUCGUAUUAUUCACCAGAUUUACAGAAUAUUCUAAUAAAAAUAUGUGGUUUAAUAUUGUUAAAUUCAAUUUGCUCCGAUGUUCAUAAUAAGUUUGCACGUGUAGAUAGUAACUAAUAGUUACUAACUAUUCGAGGAAUAGUUUUUUUUAAAUACAAAAUGUAAUAACAUUAUUCUUAUUAAAAAAAAUAUGUUUUCAAUUCUAGCUGCCGUCAUUUAUUUGUUGAACAUUAACUAAAUUACUUUAACAAUAACACUUUUUUUUUGCAUUCAUUUAACAUCAUAACAACGUAGAAUUUAAUAAAAAAAAGUAAUAUAGUUUAGCAUUCGAUGAAUAUCUUCUACCGAAAGAAAAACAACUGGUGGAUU